UUUUUGUGUUUUUUUCUCCUGUCAGCACAGAUGUAAAACCUCAGACCGGCCUCUGAAGUCAUUUGAGGCUGUAGUGUUGUUGAGAUAGACAUAUAAUUGAGAGGAAAGAGUCAAUGACUCACACUGUGUGAAAGCUUAGACACUGUGUGGGGAAGAGAAUACUGGAGUAGAAUCAUGAUGUCACAGACAUUUGGGAGUCAUGCUUUAUGAUGUCACGGCCACAACAGCAAGGUCAAAACUAGCCAUCAGAAAUUACAGCUGAUCCUAAAGAUUUAGCCUAUACUCUGCUGUCUGUCUUUCUGGAUUUUAAUAUUAUGUGUAUAAGUAUUAAUUCACAAGGUCAGAGGACGGAGCCUGUGGGUUAUAGUGGAGUGAGGUAAGGAGGGAUCAGUGUGCCACAGGAGAAGGAGAGAUAGAGACAGACAAGAUGAUGGCAGGGAAGACACUGAGUCUGCAGCAGCAGAUUGAAGAGCAACGAGCCAAGAUCCAGCUGCUGGAGCACUUCCAGCUGGCGAACGUCCAGACCUCCCGGGACACCAUCAGGAGGAACGCCAGGAGGAUCCAGAGCCUCCGCGCGGAGAACCGGCAGAAAUUCCGCCGGCUGGCGCAGGCGCAGCAGGCGGACAGGGCAGUGAUAGUGCAGGCCUGCCGGAGCAGGAAGAGGAGCAGGCUGUCCCUGCAGGGCGGCAGGCUGGAGGAUGUUCUGGAGCGCCUGAACAAGCAGCUGUAUGGAUUAGUAAACAAGUACAACGCCCAGAGCUUCCAGAGCCAGCAGAGGGAGCUGCAGCUGGGGCAGCUGAGGGAGAAGCUGCACACCCUCGACCUGCACUCCGCCCCCGGCCCGGCUCUGCUGCAGGACAUACAGCGGGUUCGACAGCUGGAGAAUAAUAUAGAGAAGAUGAACAUCAAGGUUGGGGCUGCAGAGAGGAUCCAAGACAUGUAUGAGGACAUAAAGGAGCACCUGCAGGGGGAGCUACGGGGGCUGCCCCAGACCCUGGAGGAGCUGCGGGCGGUGAUCUGCGCUCGAGACACGGAGCUGGACCAUGUGGCACAGAUCUCCCAGCACGCUGUCACCACCGUCGAGGUCACCAAGAGGGAGCUGUGGCUGCUGGAGCAGCAGUUCCUGCAGGAGCGACAGGCUCGGGAGCAGGAGCUGGCGGAGAGGAAGGGCACCAGCCCUGUGGGGGGCAAGGGGCAACCCGGCGAUCCGGGGCAGAGGCAGGACAGGAAAGGCGUGAAGGGAGGCCUCCCUGUGGGACCUGACCCCAGCGCUGCGUCCCGAGGUGGGCAGCUGCCUGUUCCCCAGGCCCCCAGAGAGCUUAGUGCCCGUCUGGCCACUGACAUCGAGAGCCUGCGGGAAGCUCUGAGCUGCACCGACCUGCAGGUGCUGGAGAGCCGCAUCUUGAGCCAGCAGUCUCGGCAGGAGCACCUCCUGUCCUGGGUGCAGCAGUGCCAGGAGAAGGUGGAGGCCCACCGUGCCAGCUUGGCCAGUCUGGAGGUGCAGCACGCCCAGCUCAAGUUCAGCGCGGGGCCCAGCGCAGCGAGGUGGGUACAGAGCCGCAGGGGUGCUCGCUGGCCUCUCGUCUCGCUGGGACAUGUGAACUGUGGCUCCUCCCCCUGCAGCUUCGAGCGGCUGAGGGCGGGGCUGGAGGCGGGGCUGGAGGGGCAGCGGGAGAGGUGUGGCCAGGGGGGCCCCCGGCUGGCUGUGGCCCAGGGGCUCCUGGAGGAGGCGGAGCAAGGCAUCGACAACCUGCACUGCAAGCUGAGCUGCGUCGCCCUGCCCGGCAAGGAGGCCCAGGAAGAUGCCGGUCUCGAUGCCCAGCAGAAGCUGCAGCAGCUCCAUGCCAAGCUGAUGGCGCUGCAGGACCUUGUGGGCACCACAGCGAUGCCAGGCAGCCAGGACACUGAUAAGCUGUGGGCGUUCCUGGAGCACAGCACCCUGGAGGAGCCCAGGACCUGCAGGCUACCCCUCCACGCGCUGUGCAGCUCCCUGUCCGAGGACUCGUUCCAGUUCCUGAGCCCCGAGGAGGACUGCUCCCUGUCCCGCGACGAGAUCAAGCGGCGGGGCAGGCAGCUCCUGGAGGAGCACAACCCGGCCAAGAAGAAGCCGCAGAAAGGGGCUCAGAAGAGGUAGAGGGGAGGGAGGAGUGAAGCCAAGACUCCCUCCAGGAAUAAGCAAUAAACAGAGGCGUUAACACCCUG